AUGGCCCUAAAGCUUUCUCGGCUCGGUAACAUCAACCAAGGAUACCUCAAGAGGAUCAUGGCGCCGUACAGCAUAUAUCACCGCGCCCUCAAGGGCAACUGUCUCAGGCACUACCGCGCCGUGCCAAAGAUCGUCGAUGGAAAUAUCCUUCUGCAGAAGCAAUGGACAUUCCAGAGCAUCUUCGACAGCCGCGGUUGCGAGUAUCCCUGGAACAAGGAAAUGUUUGCCAUCAACAAGCAACUGAAGGGAACUCCGCUCGUCUGCCCACACUUGGGCAUUGCGCACAGUUUGAAUGAGAGACAUUAUCUCGACUGGGAAAGACCAAACAAAUUACGGGAGCCCGAAUUUGAGGCCGACUUCCGGUCUGCUAUCAGUCUUAUCGGGCUUGGCUUCAGUAACAGAUGCUACGAAUGCAAGGUGGAUUUGAGUGUUCGUAAGAGUCUUUGA